GCCAGGGAUUGGAGCUUCAUUGAUUCCUUGGUGAAUUGCAGCAACUUGAACAUGCUCUCUAUUUCAUUCAAUGAUCUCGGCGGUGUGUUGCCUCUGUCGAUAGCCAACUUCUCUAAGGAGAUGAUGUUUUUAUACAUGGGUUACAACCAUUUCUCAGGGAUCAUUCCGCAUGGGAUUGGAAAUUUAGUUAAUUUGUUUGAAUUGUCUUUGGAAGAUAAUCACCUCACUGGCCCAAUUCCAGAUAACAUUGGAAAGCUUACAAUGUUACGGGCUUUGAGUUUGCAUGACAACAAGCUCAUAGGUUUCAUUCCAUCCAGCAUUGGCAAUCUAACUCUGUUGUCAGAUAUCUUCUUAGAUGGGAAUAAAUUUGAAGGCAUUAUACCUUCUACUAUGAAAACUCUCAGGCAACUCUCAACACUGUAUUUAUCUAACAACAGGCUUAGUGGGAGAAUACCAGGAGAAAUCCUUGGACAUUUCUUUUCACUUCUUGUUCUUGAUUUAGCCAACAACUCUUUCAGUGGAACUAUUCCUACAGAGAUUGGAAGCUUGACAAAUCUUCAAUAUUUGCUAUUAAAUGGGAAUAGGUUGACAGGUAAAAUCCCUGGGACCAUCAGUGGAUGUGCAGUCUUAGAAGACCUCAAUUUGCAAGGUAAUCUCUUUAUUGGAUCCAUCCCUCCAUCUUUAAGCAAUCUAAAAGGUCUCAAAAAUUUAAACCUUUCAUACAAUAGCUUGUCAGGAGGCAUUCCUUCAUCUUUUAGCAACUUAAAACUCCUUCAAACACUUGGUCUAUCAAACAAUAACUUAUCUGGGUCUGUCCCAGAGUUCCUACAAGAUUUGAAGUUUCUUUUUGUUUUGGACCUUUCUUACAAUCACUUCCAUGGUGAACUCCCUGUAAAAGGGGUGUUUACAAAUUCAUCUGCACUAGUUUUAAUUGGAAAUGUUGAGCUUUGCGGGGGACUCCCACAACUUCACUUACCUGUCUGCCUUAAGUCCCAUCAUAAAACAAGUAGAGGAUCUCUAAUCCUAAAGAUUGUGAUCCCAAUAGUUUCCCUUUUAUCGUGCCUUCUCUUGCUCUUACUAUUUCUUUUCUUGUUUCGGCAACGAGAAUCAAGAACAAAAACAAAGAUUUCAUCAUCCUUGCCUGUUCCAUAUGAAGAGUUUCCGAGAGUCACAUACAAUGAUUUGGUCAGAGCAACAGAUGGUUUCUCUUCCGGUAAUCUCAUCGGAAAAGGAAAGCAUGCCUCUGUUUACAAAGGAACUCUUCAUGGCAUCAACAACACCAUAAUGAUGGUCGCCAUUAAAGUCUUCAGCCUCAACAUUAGAGGAGCUUCAAAGAGCUUUCUCUCUGAAUGUGAAUCACUCAGAAGCAUCCGACACCGGAAUCUCAUCAAGAUCAUCACUUCAUGCGUGAGCAUUGAUUCACAAGGCAAUGACUUCAAAGCUCUGGUUUUAGACUUGAUGCCAAAUGGAAGCUUGGACUCAUGGUUACAUCCAGUGGAGAAUCAACAACAACAACAACAACAACAACAACAACAACAAAGUCCUCUGAGUUUGAUUCAAAGGUUGAAUGUGGCCAUUGAUGUUGCUGAUGCUUUGGAGUAUCUUCAUCACUCUUGCCAACCUCCAGUUGUUCACUGUGAUCUGAAGCCAAGCAAUGUUCUUUUGGAUGAUGACAUGAAUGCUCGUGUCGGAGACUUUGGUCUUGCAAAGAUCCUCAUGAACAACAACAGCAACUUAUGGCAGAGCUCCACAGCCUCAACAGAGAUCAUCAAAGGAACCAUUGGCUAUGUUCCUCCAGAGUAUGGUUUUGGGAGUGAGGUAUCACCCAUGGGAGACGUGUACAGCUAUGGGAUCCUUGUUCUGGAGUUGCUGACUGGAAAGAGACCAGUUGAUGAGAGUUUCAAGGAUGGUAUGACAAUGAGAAAGUUUGUAGAGUCUUAUGCUUCUCUGGAGAGAAUCAUGGAGGUCAUGGAUCCAUCAAUGUUCUCACAAGAAGAUGAUGUCAAAGAUGAUGUCAUUGGAUACAAAAGGCAAAAGGAGUGUGUGGUCUCUGUUGCAGCUUUGGGCCUUGAAUGCAGUAUUGAUUCCCCAAAUGAGAGGCUUAGCAUGAGUCAUGUUUCAGCACAAAUGCAUGCAAUCAGGGACCAUUAUUUAUGCGUUGGAUCAACGAGUUCAUAAGGACGAACUCAACUACUGUUUCUAUAUAUUUGGCUGUCCUUAAAGUUGGUUGGGUGUUUCUGAAUAAAUUAUCUUGUGGUCUUCUAACUUCUGAGGGACUUGAUUAAUGGACAAAUUCA